GCAGAGGGGCAUGUCCGGUGGCUGUGGUACACCAGUUUUGACCGUCAGUGACGACGCCUCCGAGUUUGAUCGUAUGACCGCUGUGAUCCGCCUACGAAUUACGAUAAUAUUAUAGUUGAGCCGCGACACGCGCUCCAACCUCCACGUGCACCUCCCAAACAGCCCAAAUCUCUCUCCCAAUCAUCCAUCUAUCUGCACUUUCCAUGUUUCCCCAAAUCUUCUCACGCUAUUAAAAGUUCCCAAUGAUCUAGGGUUUUCUUCAAGGAUCCCGAUUUUUUUUUCCCUGCCAAUUUUUUGUUUCGCCUUUUAUUUUUAAUUUUUUCAAUUAAAACAAGGGAUAAUUGAGAUGGGAUCGGAUUUUGAGCGAUGGGAGAAGGAUCCCUUUUUCUCUGCGGCGGAGGAAGUACAGGAAUCUGCAGACAGGAUGGCAUCUACAUAUAGAACAUGGAUCCACUCUUCCAAGGAACCUUCUAAAAUGUGGAACUCUGAGCAACUCCAAAGGGACCUACACACUGCCCUCGGCACUACCAAAUGGCAGUUGGAGGAGUUUGAGCGGGCUGUUGGGUCUACUUAUGAAGAUAGCUCAGCUGACGAUGCAAGAGACAGGCAUUGUCAGUUCAUUGGUGCAAUUGGAAACCAGGUUUCAACAAUAGAAAGUUCUUUACAAGAAUCAGCGGCCUCUGAAGGCAGGUCAUCAAUCCCUUGGGUGCGAUUAGAUGAAGGAGAACGUGAUGAACUUGCAUUAUUUCUGACAGGACCAGCACUAUCACAAGACAAAACCACUGUAAAAAUCAUGGGAAUGGAUAAUGAAACUGUGAACCCAAAAGAGGUGGAUGAAGAAUCAGUGCCUGAAUGUCCCAAAAAUUCAUGUUAUUUAACUGAGUGGGGUUCAUUGGAGUCCAGAGAGGAGAAGUUGACUGGACACAGGAGGACAGCAAGUGCUAAUGCCGACAUUGGUGCCUGGAAGAUUGCAGUUGCUGAUGAUGGUGUUCAACAGAGCUUGUUCAAUGGGCAACCUUAUGUACCACCUCGAAAGGUACCAAGUGUCUCGGGGCUCCUGUGUACCAUGGACUGCUCAUCCAAGCUGAAAUGGCCAAAGAAUGGUUUCAGGAAAUUGAAGGUUAUGGAUCACCAUCAAGAAGGUGAUUCCGCAUUCCUACGGCCUCAGAUUAGUCCGGGCAUCAGUACAUGCUAUGAAAAAGGCAAGAGUUGUCUAGAUGGCUGUGAUGAUUGUUAUGACAAACAACUCUAUGGCUGGUAUGGAGCUAUGCAAAGACAGCUUCAAAGGUCUCAGUAUCAAAUGCAAUAUAGUCGGCCUAUUCAAGUGGCAUUUUGGAUCGCUCUCCUUUGCUUGAUUGUUUUGAUUGCAUUGUAUGCAAUGUAGAAAAGGAGCUGCAUGUUGAGCACGUCGCUCUUGCAAAUAUGGUGUUGCAAGUCCUUUAUGCUGCCAGAGGAUGAAGAUGAGCGUCCUUUUGGUCAUUUUCAUGUGACAUGAUGGGUGAUUGCACCAUAAAUUCCUGGCAACCACUUCUCCCUCGCAUUUCUUUUUCCAUUUUUGACAUAUUUGAUGAAGGGUAAAUUGUGUUGUAUAAUCAGUAUUAGUCAAGGAGAUGGCAAAAGAAAGCCAAACAAGAGUUGUAAGUCAACUAAGAAAGUGCUACCAUUUUGCCACCUGCGGGAUCAUGUAAAUCAUAUGAUUUUUUUUCCUCCUGGGACUGCAUUAUUUUUUUGUAAGUAUAACUCAUGUAGCAUGAACAAGGUCUGAAGUCCUAUCCUUCCCUUUUGUAUUCUCUUUAUAACCAACUAGCACUUGUGGAUAGGAAGAAGUAUUAAUAGACAAGCAGCAAGCAGAAAGUUGGCGUUAGAUCAUGUUUUUUCAAUAUAUGGAAAUCUGUAAUUUAUUGCUUUGAAUA